GUUCUUAACUUGUUUGUCAUAGAUUAUCAAUACACCUCGAGGGGCUGCUGAAUCCCUGAAAGAUAUGUUCGAAGUGUUCUAUAUAGAUUUUGGAAAUCAAGAGGCUGUACCUUAUGGUCGACUACGGCCAGUUGAUCCUUCUAUGUCUUCUGCCCCUGGUCUCGCUCAGCUGUGUAGUCUUGCUCACAUCAAGGUUCCUAGUCUGGAUGAGGAUUUUGGUCAGGAAGCAGCUGAGUAUCUGAGUGAUUACAUGCUUAAUGGUGCAACGGAAUUUGUGGCCACAAUUGAAGAAAAGGAUACUUCAGGGGGAAAAGUUAAAGGACAGGGAACUGGGAAUAUUCUUAUUGUGACUCUUGUUGCUGUUGGAUCGGAGCAUAGUUUAAAUGCGUUGAUGCUUCAGGAAGGACUUGCUAGACUAGAGAAAAGGAAGAAGUGGGAAUCCAAGGAAAGACAAAUUGCAUUUGGAAGUUUAGAAGGGUACCAAGAGGAAGCACGGACAGAUCGACGAGGAAUGUGGCAAUACGGAGACAUUCAGUCUGAUGAAGAGGACGCCGGUCCUGUGAGAAAACCCGGUGGCCGGCGUUGAACGAACACUUUUAUGGCCCCCUUCGUCUUAAAUUAAGAGAUAGACAACUCAACUAGUCGAAGCUUAAUUAAUGCUACAGUGAUAAUCACGUUUUCAGUACGAGAACCCAAAGUGUUGCUGCGUAAAGACCAUGUGAAGUUUUGUCCUUUGCUAAUUUUUAUUUUUUAUUUUGUUUUUAUUUUUACAUCGGAUAAUGAGGAUUUUAAAAAAAUAAAAAUAGCAAAUCGAGACCUUACAAUAAGGCAAGAGACUUAUUUAUAUUUA